AUGCCACAAAUCAAGCAAGGCUCCGUCGAGCCGGGCGAGACCCGCGCACGCCGCUCGUUCGUCGCCCCAGGCGAACUCGUCACCUCGCCCGCUCCUGGCAAAGUCACGGUCCUCGCGCAGGUCCUCGACCACGCUGUCAACGAGUUUGCGGAUGUCGAGGCGCUCGGAUGGAGGGACACGGUCGAUGUGAUCAAGGAGGACAAGGAGGUCAAGAAGAUCGUCGGCGGCAAAGAAGUGACCGAAAAGAAGACUUGGUCCUACUUUCACCUUUCCGACUACCACUGGUGGACCUACAAGCAGUUCAAGGACGUCGUCUCGGCGGCGGGUUCGGCGCUCGUUCAUGUCGGCUGCGAGCCGGGCCAGGUCUUCAACAUCUACAGCGCGACGACUCCGAGGUGGCAGGUCAUGGCGAAUGCCUGCGCGCAGCAGAGUAUUACCUUUGCGACCGCGUACGACUCGCUCGGCGAAGAGGGUCUCCGGCACUCGAUCAACGAGCCCUCAGCCUACGGCAUCUUCACCAACGCCUCGCUCCUCUCGACCCUCGCUUCGGUCGUCUCGUCCACCCCGUCUCUCCGCGUCGUUGUCUACGACGGCAAAUCGAACGAGAUCCCCUCCGGCGCGCUCGAGAAGCUCAAGAGCUCAGUCCCCGAGGAAUGCAAGGUCUACACCUUUGACGAGUUCAUCGAGUUGGGCAGGAAGAACCCGAGCGAGCCCAACCUCCCUGAUCCCGAGGACGUCGCGUGCUUGAUGUACACGUCUGGAUCGACUGGCGCGCCCAAGGGUGUCCAGAUCACCAACGCCAACAUCGUCGCUUGCAUCGGCGCCGUCCAGAAGUUGCUCGGACACGUCGUCAAGAAGGGCGAGACGUACAUCGCCUACCUUCCGCUCGCACACAUCAUGGAGUUCGCGGUCGAGAUGUGCUUCAUGUGGGUCGGCGCGCGCAUGGGUUACGGCAAUGUCAAGACGCUCACAGACGCCUCGGUUCGCAACUGCCUCGGCGACAUCCGCCAGCUCCAGCCCACGAUCAUGGUCGGUGUCCCCGCAGUCUGGGAGACGAUCCGCAAGGGCAUCGUCACGAAAGUCAAGUCGGCCGGCGCACUCAAGUCGAAAGUGUUCGACCUCGGCGUCGCAGCGAAGAAGUUUGGAGGGCGCGGAUCGUUCCUGGCGGGGAUCGCGGACAAGGUUGUCUUUGAGGCGGUCAAGCAGGGGACGGGCGGGAAACUAAAGUAUGCGUUGAGCGGUGGCGCGCCCAUCUCGAGGGAGACGCAGGAGUUCCUCAGUAUCGCGUUGGUGUUGAUCAUCCAAGGAUACGGCAUGACCGAGUCUACCGCCAUGUGCUGCCUCCUCCCUCCCGAGAUGCACCAAUACUCGACCGUCGGCGUCCCCGUCCCUUCGUGCGAGAUCAAGCUCGUCGACGUCGAGGAGGCUGGGUACAAGGCGACGAACGACCCGCCUCAGGGCGAGAUCUGGAUCCGUGGACCCAGUGUCACCAAGGGCUACUACAAGCAGGACAAGUUGACGAAGGAGGCGUGGACCGAAGACGGGUGGUUCAAGACGGGCGAUGUCGGGCAGUGGAACAAGGACGGCACGCUCUCGGUCAUCGACCGCAAGAAGAACCUCGUCAAGCUCGCUGGUGGCGAGUACAUUGCGCUCGAGAGGCUCGAGUCCCUCUACUCGUCAUGCGAAUACGUCGCCCGUAUCAUGAUCCACGCCGACAGCAACGCCAACAAGCCCAUGGCUGUCAUCUUCCCUCAUGAGCACAACUUGAAGAACCUCGCAUCGUCCCUCGGCGUCUCUGGCGACCUCGGCACGCUCGUUCACGACCAGUCGAUCCGCGACAACGUCCUUAAGUCGCUCAACGGCGUCGGCAAGAAGGCCGGCCUCAAGCCGCUCGAGACGCUGCAGACCGUUGUGCUCUGCGACGAGGAGUGGACGCCGCAGAACGGGAUGCUCACGGCUGCGCAGAAGCUCAAUAGGAAGGUGAUUGUCGAGAAGUACAAGAAGGAGAUUGACGCCGUCUACCCCUAG